UCGACCUCAAGCGAGGCAGGUUGCCUUUUAGCGGAGUGAAUUUAAACGCGAUCGGCAAUGCAGAACGACAGAUUUGCACCACCGCCGUUGGGCACGCAAAACGACAAGUACCCUCCGCCAAUGGGUUUUACCUCGGCACCACCACAGCCAGGAUAUCCACCACAGGGACAUCCCGCUGACAUCACACCGGCAGAUACAUAUGAAGGCCCUCCACCGGCACCACCUGAACCUCCAAGGGAUCCACUCACCCGAGUGGAACCACCACGCGAUGGAUGCUUUACCCAGAAGAACAAACCACAGCCCGAGGCUGUGGGAGCAGCUGGUCUCAUCUUCAUGUCGGGAGGCAUGAACAUAGCGUGGGCGAUUGGCUUCCGAGGAUCCAUCGGCUACCAGUCCACCAAGCACAAUUACGUAGCCUGGUUCAUUGGAGCCAUUAUUGGAGCAGGGGUCAGCUGCUUGCUCACCAACAAGGUGGCCAAGAAAUAUGUCCUUCUAUUUUGCUCGGUUCUGGUGACCAUCGGUGGAUUGGUCAUCGCCUGCACCCACAAUAAUGGCCCGGGAACUGUGGCCGCCUGCUAUUUGGAUGGCAUAGCCAACGGAUUGAUAUUCGCCCCUUUCGUGGCCCUCGCCGGAGAGAUCUCAGUGCCCUACAAGAGGGGCAUGAUCACCUGCACUUUGGAGCAACUAUUCUAUAGCGUCGGCAUCCUCCUGCAGAUCCUCUACACCAGUAGCUGGACUUCAGAAUACAGACAAGCUUUUACGGCCGAGAAUAUGAAGGGAGCGCUGAGCGUUGUCUGUGGCGUUUUUGCCUUUAUUAGAGGCUCCCUUAAGAUUAUCGAAUCGCCAGUUCUGAUGCUGGCCAAUAACGAUGAGCAGGGAGCCAUUGACGCACUUCGUCGCCUGCAAAACCGCUCUGUUCCGUCCGAAGAAACCUACGAUCAGCUGGCCGAGCACAAGCGGUACCUGGCCCACAACAAGGACAUGUCAAAGAGUCAGAGCAUCUCCCAGGCCCUUCCCACCUUUGCCCGCCUCGCUCUCCUGCGAGUCCUGAAUGCCAUGAGCAUUUCCAGCUUUGUGAUUUUAACUUUGUAUUUUUCCAUCAUCGUCUCCUAUGGACUUGCGAGCACCACUGCGUGGUACAUAGGAUUCGGUUUCUGCCGUUGGGUGGGAAACAUCAUCCCGUCCUUCUGCAUGGACUGUUUGGGCCGCAAGAAGCCCACUUGCCUUGGCCUCCUCGUGAGCUGUGGCCUGUCCUUCGCCUUGGGUGCCCAGUACAAUGUGUACUCCUUGAUGAGCGGAGUGGCCGGCUUGCUGCUGGUCUUCGGCUUCUUUGCGGGAAUGGCCUCGGCGGCCACCUCGUCGUACCUCUCGGAGGCAUAUCCCCUGGGUGUUAAGCAGCACUUCAUCGCCCUAACCUUCGCCACCGAAAUGUUCGUCAUGCUCAUCAUCAAUGUGUGCGACUACAAUCCGCUGGAGGGAUCCACCUACUUCUACGUAAUGGGUGCCAUGUAUCUGGUGGGUUUCAUCCUUGCAGUCGUUUCCCUGCCGGAAACGAAGAAGAUGACCCUGCGAGGUGCCCAGAUACAGUUCAGCAGCUUCCUCAACACGCGAUUCUAGUAUAUACUCUUCUAUUACUUAAAUAUAUUUAACACAAAGAGCUUGAGAGCAUAUUUCACCAAAAAACGUAUUUUAUUGGUACUUGUGGGGGAAAUCCCUACGGGAAAGCACCUUAUCAAUAAUCUCAAGUACAGAAUGUACUUACUUUUCCUUCCUAUAAAGCUCUUUUGAAGACAAUAAACAAACACACUUUAGUAUUUUUCGAGAGCAGGUUGAAUAUUCUCAUUAAUUAAAAUAAAAUUACUCAAGCAAUAAUCUAAUAGUUUUGGCGCUUCAACUUUUUUAAUGUUAAAUAAUAAAGUUCUACAACAGUCAUAAAUAAAGUAAUUAUCUAUCUAAA